AUGCACCAGCCGGGAAUCGAACCCGGGUCUGUACCGUGGCAGGGUACUAUUCUACCACUAGACCACUGGUGCUUCUAUGUUCAACAGAGAGACCCAAACUUCGUUACCUUCGCCACCAUGGCUUCCGCGCUCGAGUGCUGGUCCAACCGUGGUGCCGGCGGCUGCACCGACGACGAUUUCGUAGACCAAGUCCUGAUGUGCUCCGACGACAGGUCUGAGUCCCUUACCGCUGCUCCGCGUUUCGAUCAGACCUCCUCCGCUAUGCAGAAGCGGUUUCAGCGUCUCGGCCGCAACGUCUCCGAUGCGAUCGCGUCACUCAAAAACUCUCUCAGCCUCGAUUCAGGACGGGAAACUCAGAAUGUAGCCGCCGGAGGCAGGAAGCUCGUGUGGGCCUCUGUUGUGAGAAACCUUGCCAAAAUGUAUCCUGGAAGCCAGUUGCCGGAGAAGCUCGUCUCUAAUCUCCGGAAACAUUACGAUUCUCUGCCUCUCAGUUACAGUCAGGCUGGUUUCGAUAUGAAAGAUGUAUUUGCACACAUAAAGCUGAUUGAGCAAACUUGUGGAGAUGACAAUCCUGUGUUUGUGAUUCAAGAGAUGUGUGACGAGGAAGCUCAGGGCUCAGUCUUCAAGCUCACAUUCGCUUGCACUUCUUCCCUUUCAUGGUCAACCAUUUCAGGAUCUCUUGACAGUGCUUCAAUUUGUUGCAAGAAGGUACAAAUCUUUGAGAAGAAAGGGUUGACUCUCGGAGUUGUUCAUCUUCUGGUUGAGUCCGGGCAAGAAUUUUUUUUCAAAACCAUAGUAGAGAAUGCCCUUAAAACUGCAGUAAGGAAGCCCAAGUCGACCUCUGUGAAGCUCCCUUUUGGCCUCUGUGGCUGUCAAGAACAGAACGCUGGUUUAGGAGAAUUCGGAGAUGUUGAUGAAGAGUCCACUGAUCAAUGCUAUAGACAAGAGUUGGAAAAUCAGAAUAGUACUAGGUUCCAGCUUCAAAUGCCAGCCCCAAGGUCUUCGUUUUCUGUAUCAGUGGAUGAGUGGCAGACGAUACAAUCAGGAGGCGAUGAUAUCGAGAAAUGGAUACUGAAUUCAGAUAGUCUCGAGUUUGGUGAUCAGUUAGGACCAAAUUGCUUCAAAGGAGUUUACAGAGGGAAAAGGGUGGCCAUUGAGAAACUAAAAGGCUGCGACAAGGGCAAUUCAUAUGAGUUUGAGAUCCGAAAAGAUUUCUUGGAGCUGAUGACUUGUGGACAGAAGAGCAUUCUGCAGUUUCAUGGUGUCUGCGUCGAUGAAAAUCAUGGAUUAUGCGUGGUUACGAAACUGAUGCAAGGUGGAUCACUCCGUGAGCUGGUGUUGAAGAAAAAGAAACUUCAGACUAAGGAUAUAUUUCGAAUUGCUGUUGACAUAGCAGAAGGGAUGAAGUUCCUAAAUGAUCACGGUGUUGCAUUUAGAGACCUUAACACACAGAGAAUACUAUUAGAUAAGCAAGGCAACGCCUGUUUGGGUGAUAUGGGAAUAGUCACCGCAUGCAAGAGUGUCAACGAGGCCACGGAGUAUGAAACAGAUGGCUAUCGAUGGCUUGCACCUGAGAUAAUCGCAGGAGAUCCGGAGAAGACGAGAGAGACUUGGAUGAGCAAUGCGUAUAGCUUUGGGAUGGUGCUUUGGGAGAUGGUGACAGGGGAGGAGGCAUACGGCUCAUGCUCGCCGGUGCAGGCAGCGGUCGGGAUUGCAGCGUGCGGGCUAAGACCAGAGAUCCCAAAGGAGUGCCCUCAAGUCUUGAGAUAUCUCAUGACCAAAUGCUGGAACACUUGUCCCUCCACACGCCCUGACUUCUCUCAUAUCCACUGCACCUUGCUCCGUGCCAUCUCACGGUAA